AUGAAAGUCAAAAAAUAUUCCACUUCAAAUUGGAAAAAACAUGACCUUCAUCCAAAAACAGCUGAUGAGAAAACAAUAGAAUGGAUAUUCUUAGUCGACUUGUUAAAUUUCAGCUUCUGGUCAGACUUAGAUAAAGAUACUGACAUUUCAGAAAACCAAAAAUUUAGUAUAACCUUUAAAAACCAACAAUAUACGGGUUACUGGUCAUUAUGCGCGGCAAUUAAUCGUUCAAUCGAAGAAGGAAUUCCAAUCACAACACCAUCAUUUUACGGCUCGGAAACUGCCUUAUCAGACCAAGUCAUACAACACAUAUUUCGUUCUUCAUCACCAAACUCUCAAAUACCGUUAUUAAAAGAACGAAUCGAGUGCAUUCGAGAAGCUGGAAAAGUAUUAACCACAAAGUUUGAUGGAAGUUUUAUUAAUUGUAUCAAAACGUCAAAUAAAUCUUGCAUAAAUCUAUUGAAGAUUAUCGUUGAUAAUUUUCCAUGUUUUAGAGAUGAGACAAUGUUCCUUGGUAAGAAGGUGUAUUUAUAUAAAAGAGCACAAAUUUUAAUUGCGGAUAUUUGGGCAUGUUUUGAAGGCAAGGGAUACGGAGAGUUUAAGGACAUUGAUGAGAUUACAAUGUUUGCAGAUUAUCGAGUUCCUCAAGCGCUGCACCAUCUAGGUGCCAUAAAAUACUCUGAUAAUUUGAUAAAGACGUUGGAGCGGCACGAGUUAUUAGAAUAUGGAUCUAGGUUAGAAGUUGAGAUUCGGGGAUGCAGCAUUUGGGCUGUGGAACUUUUAAGAAGAGAGAUUAAACGGAUGGCUGAGCGAGAGAAUGGACAAGAUAUGAUACCAGUGCUGAAUGCAAUCAUUUUGGAUUUUUUUAUUUGGGAUUUUGCUAAAGAACAUACUAAUGAAUUGGAAGUUGAAAUUCAUCGAACACGUA